CCCUCCUCCUCAACCUAAACCCCAAAAACAAAAACAGAAAAAGACGAAAAAACCCCUCUCUCUCUCUCUCUCUCUCUCUCUCUCUCUCUCUCUCUCUCAUAAUGGAGAUGGAGCCGAGGACGCCGGAGGUGGCGAAGAAGCUGUGGAGCGUCGUACGGGCGGUGGUGUUCAUGAUGAGGAAGGGCUUGUUCUCCAAGAGCAAGCUGAUGAUGGACCUCCACGUCAUGCUCAAGCGCGGCAAGCUCGCCGGCAAGGCCAUAGGCAACCUCAUGCUCCAACACUACUCGGCCUUCACCUGCCGCUCCGACGACGACGUCGCCUGCGUCUCCGCCUCCUUGGCUUCCCGCGAGUACGAGUUCAGCUGCAGCAACACCCCCGCCAACAACUCCUUCUUCCACAAGCGCGGCAAGCACCACCGCCGCCACCACCACCACACCCACGGCCACCGCCGCCACCUCGGGCGCUACAACGACGCGGGGGCCAUCAGCGCCGUCCAGAAGGUGCUCGAGAUGCUAAACAGCGCCGACGUCGUGGAGGCGUCGCCCAUGCUGCUGCCGGGGUUCGGGAAGAGCCCCGCGGUGAGGCAGCUGAGGAUCACGGACUCGCCGUUCCCGCUGAAGGACGACGACGGAGACGACGGCAAGGUCGACGUGGCGGCCGAGGAGUUCAUCCGGAAGUUCUACACGGACCUGAAGCUGCAGAAAACCAUGGCCCCGGUGGAGUCCCCGUAUCAUUAUGGCGUGUGGGGUUGAGCGAUGAUGAUGGGAUGCGACGACGUUUUCCGACAUGGCGGGCUUUUUCUUCCUGGCGGUCGUGAAUCUGGAG